AGUGCAGAGCCAUCUCUUUACAUCCUACCAUCCACAACCCAUUCUCAUCCCAAUCACCAUGGCCGGAGGAAAGUUCAAGAAGCCUCAGCGUGGAGGCGGCAGGACCUUCAGUCGUCGCAUUGAAGCUGUUCAUACAAACUCUUAUCGUGACAAAGAGGAAUCCGAAGAGGACACUUCUGAAUCGGAGGCCACCACCGAAUCCGAGUCUGAGUCCGAGUCGGAAUCUGGAGAGGAGGAGGUUGCCGCUAAACCUGCUAAGAAGAGCGCUGCUCCAGUCAUCGACGUUGCAAAUCCUAACCGCUCCGCUGGAAACAGAGUCAUGAAGGCAUCGGACCUUGCUACGCCUGUUGAAAUGUCUCGCAAGGAGAGGGAGGCUGCAGCAAAGGAGGCUGCUGAACAGAGAUACUGGAAAUUACAUCAGGAGGGUAAGACGGACCAGGCCAAGGCCGACAUGGCUCGUUUGGCAGUUAUUCGUCAGAAGCGUGAGGAGGCAGCCGCACAGCGUCUUGCCGAGGCAAAAGCAAGAGAGGAGGCCGCUGCAGCCAAGGCUGCGGGUCGUAAGAAAUAGACUAUUUGUACGGUUUUUCAGGUGUAGAUUGGAUAGAUUAGUGUAUCUUUAUCAGCAUAAAGACUUUUAUUCUUGACACC